UUGCGUAACCUUAAAAUUGAUCCACUCUGAUACGACCCUCAGGUUGGGAUGUCAUAAAAGCUUUAACAGUCACAUUGUUUUUCAGCUGUGUGUUAAGAAUGGCUGAACAGACUCCUGGCAGCGCCACGCGGGGCAGGGCCAACUCCUUCACACUAAGUGCUGUUCAUAUUCCAGCCAUCAGCGGAUGUGGAUCAAUGCUUGGUUUUACAGCUUUGCAUCAUUGAAAUGACUGAGCAAAUAAAGACCUCUCAGGCUGUCAAUCGGAGACUAUUACUAAAGAAACUCCUUGGGUAAUACCCCACUGCCAUCGUUGCACAUGCAGACUGCUCAGCAGGGGCGGAGCCCCGGAGGUGAUGGAGAUCCUAAAAUGAACCCGUCAGGAGGUAAAAUGCCAUCAGUGCCAGAGAUGGAACAUUUGAACCUGGGGACACUGCUGGGUACUCUGGGAGGAUUUAAGUUUUAUGAAUUCAUCUGUAAGGACGGCGAUGGACUUUGGACCUGUCUACUUAAAGAAGGCAGCCUCACACUCAGCCUGGUAGCGCUUUUCUAAUGGUCCAGUGGUUAAAGUCGGGGUUUAAUUGAAGCGAUGCAUAAUUGCUGAUGCUUGUACAAAUAAGAGGUACUAAAGAAGAGUCGAGAUCUUGGCAGCAGGUGAUGUUUGGGGGAUGCAAACGGCUUCAUCAGAGGUAACAGCUCAGCUGGACAUUAGAAAUUCAUUUGUUGACAACAUCAUAUGCAAGACAAUAAUGGGAUUGGAGGGCAUGGAAAUGAUUGCCAUCGCGGUGGUUAUUGGUUUGUUUAUAAUUGUGCUCAAACAGUUUGGGAUCUGGGAGCCCUUGUCAUUAGAAGACAGCAGUGACAGCGACCUUGAACUGUCCAUGGUGCGUCACCAGCCUGAAGGCCUCGAACAGCUCCAAGCCCAGACCCAGUUCACCAGGAAGGAGCUGCAGUCGCUUUACAGAGGCUUCAAAAAUGAAUGUCCCAGUGGGCUGGUGGACGAAGAAACAUUCAAGACCAUCUACUCACAGUUUUUUCCUCAAGGAGAUGCCACCACAUAUGCACAUUUCUUGUUCAACGCCUUUGACAUGGACAGAAGUGGAUCAAUCCGAUUUGAGGACUUUGUCUUAGGAUUGUCUGUGCUGCUCAGAGGCUCUGUGACAGAGAAACUUCGAUGGGCAUUCAACCUGUAUGAUAUAAAUAAAGACGGCCACAUUACUAAAGAGGAAAUGUUGGCUAUAAUGACAUCUAUUUAUGACAUGAUGGGCAGGUACACCUUACCCAGUGUACGAGACGAUUCCCCCUUUGAACAUGUUGAGAAAUUCUUCCAGAAGAUGGAUCGUAACAGAGAUGGAGUGGUAACCAUUGAUGAAUUCAUUGAAACCUGUCAAAAGGAUGAAAACAUCAUGGCCUCUAUGCAGCUUUUUGAGAAUGUCAUCUAAAUGUGCAGAGACAUGGUGCAGAAAUGCUGCACUGAAAGACUUGAGCACACGCAACAUAUGUGACACAUUUUAAUACAAAUUGGUGAAUUGUUUUUUAGAGUCCGUCUAUUCUAUGCAGACAAAUGUGCCGAAUUCACCAAAUCACAGCGAGAUUUAGCAAAAAAAAAAAAAAAAAUGCUUCUUUGCAUUACACUGUUCUUUUUCCAUGUGAAAGAAAUAACAUUUUCUUUGUCAUUAACAGAAGAGCACAACCAGUAAAAGCAUGUUCUGUAAAACACAUUAAUUACAAAUGACAAAUUGUUACAGUUCAUAACUUGAGCAGCAGUGCAAUCGCACAUGUAAAAGCACACUUAUAUACUCAACAUUUUAUGGAUUUUUAUGUAAAUGUGAUACACAAUCAAUGUUAUGUUGGCCCUAAACAUACUGCAAUAAAUAUCUACCUUCAC